CGGCCAGUCAUCCUCUUCGACGGCGUGUGCAACCUGUGCAACGGCGGCGUGAACCUCGCGCUGGACUUGGAUCCUCCGGGGGAGCUGCGAUUCGCCGCGCUGCAGUCGAGCGCGGGACGCGCGCUGCUACGCCGGUCCGGGAGGGACGCGUCGGACAUCAGCUCCAUCGUCCUCGUCGAGCGCGACAGAUCGUACGUCAAGUCGGACGCGGUGCUUCGAAUCGCGACGUACUUGAAGCGGAUGCCGCUGCUGCCGAUCGCGGGCGUCGUGGGGCCGCUCGUGCCCGGGUUCUUGCGCGACGCGGUGUACGACCUCGUGGCGAACAACCGGUACGAGUUGCUCGGGAUGAAGGACGAGUGUCGGCUGAGC